AUGCCCGUCAAAAGACAGCACCAAGGUUCAACGUCCACAACGAGAAAGAAGACAAAAGUAGUGAAAUCCGUCUGGAACUCCACCGAUGAUUGGGCAACACUCGUAGCUGAUUCUUCCCUCUCCACAUCUUCCAUCUCCACUCGCCGUCCCCGACCGAGAGGUCUGCAGACCCUGGUGAUAUGUUGUCAAGAGGCCGCUAUCAGAUCAUUCAAAAUUCUAUGGGAAGCUAGAGGAUCUUCAUCAACAGGAACGGAUGGUCGUGGUAUGGGUAGAGAAUGGAGGGAGAAAUGGCAAUAUGUUCCUGAUCAUUUAAAAUAUCGUGUUAGGGAUGGGGUUUUUAGUCGUUGGGGACAUUUGUUAACCAUUGCUAUGAUACAUGAUGUGUUCCUCGUCCCUCCGGAAAUUUACCUCCCAGUGGCUGAAUUAACUGCUAUAGCAGAGACGAAACAUCUAAAACCACUCUUUCCUUCCGAGGAGACAAGAAACUGGUAUACUUCUUUGGUUUUGACCCAUGCUGCUAAAUCAAGUGAUGUAUCCGUUGCCGGACUUAUUCAUCAUCUUCCCGAAUUACAAACCAUCAACCUCAAGGGAUGCAGUUUGGUAGAGACCAAAACGGUGGAAACAAUCUUGAAACGUUCCGUCAAACUGAGGAAGAUCAAUCUGAAAGGGACUAAAGUGGGAGAACGACAUGUGAAAGCUUUGUUGGAAACUUUCGGGGAUCAAAUGGAAACGUUCAAAGUUGAUAAAGUUAUAUUCAAUAAUCCAAACGAAACUUUUCCUUCUUCUUAUCCUUCCAUAACACAUCUUUGUCUUCCCAGCGCUAUCCUCCAUGGUCCACACACAUCCACAGCACGUUUUUUAGGUCGAACAAAUUAUCCAAAACCUCGUCCUAUCCACCCAGAAUCUCACUUCACAUUUCCCCGUCUUCCUAUCCUGUUUCCUAAUAUCACUCAUCUCUACCUUUCAGGUCUUCUAAUCCCUCCUAAUAUCGAAAUAAUCUUUCCUCCUAAUCGUCUGCAAAAAUUAGUUUUGGGACCUAACGGACCCCCUGUCCCAAUCCCGGUGCUCGUCUCCCUGCUCAAAAACCAAGAACAAUCUUUGCGGUCGAUUCAUCUUGGAAAUCUAGCUUGGGUAAUUCGGAAAGAUGAAGAGGACCAAUUAAUAGGUGUCUUGGACAAAUGUAGAAAAAUGGAAGAUUUUGAGAUGGAGACGGAACAUGAUGUAGGUCUUGAAUUACUCAGUGUCAUAUUGGCAAUUGGCUUCUUCGGUUCGUGGAGGGGCUCCUUGAAGCGACUAGCAAUCAGAUGUCCCACAACUAUACACCUCAACUAUUUCCUCCAAGAUAGAAGAUGGUGGUCUCUUCCCGAAUGCUCUCCUCCUCCGAUCAUCGACUUCACCCAGUCCCCAGUACUGGAAAUACUAGAACUUCCGGAUCUCAAACUACGAGGAGUAGAUGAACCGGAGAAGAUGUUAUGUGAUGCUCUGAGGAAAUGUACGAAAUUGAGAAGUUUAGAUUUAUCAGGGAGUAGCUUAAGUCAAGAAAAUAUCUUUGACAUCCUUGAUCAUUGUCCUUUGAUCUCCAGAAUAGAUUUAACUUCAUGUAGAGGGGUAGACGUACGUGAUAGACGAAGAAUCUUUGAGGCAUGGGAAGAAUCACGUUCUCAACUCUGA